AAGCCGUAAAAAAUAGCCGACCAUUCUCGUCUUUUAUCGGCUCACUCCGUGUGCGACAGUCUCACCUCGAACCAAUAUACGCUUCCGUGUUUCCAUCAGUCCUUGUAUCAUUUGCCAUCUUAGUGGAUUUUUUUUUUCAUUGCUGUAUAUUUUUCCUUCUACCCUCCCGGAAUUAUUCUAGAACCCAUUUCCAUCGUUCUCUCUUCUGGUUGAUCGACGUUAGCCGUGAAUCAUUGAGAAGCAGAAGAAAAAAAUAAGGGGAAAAAAAUGAGGGCCUCCAUGGUGAGACGCAUGGCAGCGGCAGCCAGCUCUUCCGCAUCGUCCUCUCUGAGGCCGGCACCCUUGGCCUUGCUGCCGCCGAUUCCGCUGUAUCGAAGGCUGCUCAGGGCGCACCGCAAGCAUCUGCCUGCCGAGAUGCGGCUACUGGGUGACGAGUACCUCAAGUCUGAGUUCAGGGCCCACCGUAACAUUGACAACCCGGCACAUCUUAUCGGCUUUUUAACCGAGUGGCAACUAUACGCCCAACAGGUGGAGGGAGAGUCAUGGUUGGGAGAAAAGAUAGACCAGGCCAAGGUUGAGAAACUGAGUGAACAGCAAGUUGGCCAGCUAUACGAGCUGAUGAUGGCUAUCAAAUCAAGGCGGGAGGGCGGCGAAGGCGAGGGCCAGGAAUCGCCGUAAUCAUGUUACCACCCCGAUAUACUACCGACAGCCUGGACGCGAUGCAGCGAGACUGUGGACGAAAUGUUGUUUGUCCCCAUCCCUCGGGGGUCGCUUGUUGACUGGUACAGUACCAAGUCAUAGAUGCAAUCGAGUCACGUGGUGGAAUGGAUGUAUCUUGUCCAUUGCGUAGUAUUUGGUAACCAAUCUCACCAAGAGCGUUGUAACAUAUGUACUCUCAAGAUCAAGGCAUGGGUUUCCAAAUCUUAUAGGAUAGACAAGCAACUCCAUGUAUACA